AUGAGCACUCAUUCGAUCGACUAUGCGCAGCAAAGCCCCAAAGCGGAGUCCCCUCCUUCGGUUGAUUUGGAGGCAGGCCGUCGGUCGCCCAACGUCCCGACGCCUGAUGACAGAGAGGGUUCUGUGACCGAAGCCUUCACAAGCGCGGCGGCCAGGGUCAACUCUACAGACACUGCAAAACGCCGUGCGCGGCGAUCGAAUACAGCGCGAUCUUAUCAUCCCGAUGGCUUUCUCAGCGAGAUCAACUGGCAGCCUGGAACAGAGCCUGGCAUCGAUCCUACAAAGCCCCUGCCCCCGUACAGCUCAGAAUGGCCCUCCAACAUACCUGGCGAUCUGCAACGUGACUGCGAGAUAACCGUGGUCGAUUUUUCGCAAUUUGAAAUGCGUCAGUAUGAGUUGGACAACGAAACGUUACCGGCAUUUCUUGCUCGCGAGCGGGAGCCCUGGGUCCAGUGCCGAUGGAUCAACGUAAAUGGGCUCAGCUGGGACGUGAUAAAAAGCGUCGGCAGUCACAAGGGGCUUCAUCGACUCGCUAUUGAAGACAUCCUCCACUCAACCAAUCGCACUAAAGUGGACUGGUACUCCGACCAUGCUUUUGUUUCUCUUACUUUACAGAAGCUUGUCAAAUUGCAAGACCCGGACAGUAGCGAUUCUGAGGACGACGAGAAGGGAAAUGACUGGGGAACCAAGGAGCGCAAAAGCUCGGUGGCCAGCGAUAAGAGUUCUGUCACCAUGAAGCGGCUCACCAAGCGGCGUCUGAUCUUAUAUGCUCUGAAAGAUUUGUUUCGAUCCAGACGCCCGACGCAAGAUCGUAAGGCAAGGAAGCCUGUGGGCGCAAGUGUCCGCCCUGGUCCCAGACAGUAUGAUUCACGACGAGUCUCUCAAUUUGGAGAUAUCGCACCAGCUCGAGCUGCCUCAUCGCGGACUCUCCAGCGAUACCGGGGCGGCCCUAAUGAGGAUCGGAUCGAUUUCAUGGAGCGCCAUGCGGUCUUGGCCUCCAAGGGUCUGUGUGUCACCCUAGAACAAGUAUCGGUCUUCUUACACGCCGAUAAUACGGUCACGUCCUUUUUCGAAAACAGUGCAGAUGACAUCGAAGCACCUAUUGUUCGGCGUUUAAGCUCGCCCGAGACGAGUCUCCGCCAGUCGUGUGACGCGAGUAUGCUUUUGCAAGCGAUCCUUGACGCGGUCAUUGAUCUCGCUAUCCCCGUCACGAUGGCAUAUCAAGAUGCAAUCGGCGACCUGGAACUGGAAGUCCUGACCGAUCCCGAUAUCGAUCAAUCCAAGAGUCUCUAUAUUUUGACGUCUGAGAUUGCCGUGCUGCGGAAUUCAAUGCAGCCGAUGGUAACAGUGAUCAAUGCUCUUCGUGACCACCGGUCAGAGCCUAUAGGAACUCCGGGUUUUGGCGGCUUGCGAAAGGCAAUGUUUAGUCCAGCUGCGACGCCCGCUGAACUAGAUAUGCCCCCACACUCUGCUACACUGACCGGGACACUUACUCCGAAUCUGAAGAGUCUGGCUGGCUCGGGUGUUAUCAUCAGCACAAUGUGUCAUACUUAUCUUGGCGAUGUCCUCGAUCAUUGCAUUACCAUUGUGGAAGGGUACGAUCAGAUGCGUCGAGCCGCCGACAACAUGAUUGACCUGAUUUUCAACACAAUUGGUGCGUAUCAGAAUGAGAGCAUGAAGCAAUUGACUAUUGUCACAUGUCUCUACCUUCCCAUGACGUUUCUGACGGGUUACUUUGGAAUGAAUUUUACGCACUUCCAGGGAAUUGAAAACAGUGAUUCCUACUUUUGGAAAAUUGCGGUGCCAUUCGUAUUCGUCACCACUCUGCUGCUCAUGCGCGACAAGAUUCAACGAUAUGCCGUCAUGCUUGCACAGAGACGACUCAUUACCAGUUCCCGGAAGCAGCGUAAAGAGAGAAAGAAAAGAUGA